GUCUGAGUAGAUCAUUCGUGUUGAACAGCAAAUAUGCGAAUUAAUCUCUAUUUUUUAUUGACUAAAAUUGUUCGCUACAUUGCUUUUUAUGAAAUUUUAUAAAAUACAUGUACAGUUCUUUCAAUUAAAAUCAAGCUUUCAACAAGUUACUAGAUUAAUUAACAUGGAAUAUUUUGUAGCUAACAAAAAAGUUGUAAGAAGAACCAAUAAACUAAAUAUUAUAUCUAUAAUUGAAAGAUAGAUUAUCUGAAAUUGAAUCAAUUUUGUUUAUGUAUAUAUUAACCUAAAAUACAAUUUACUUCUUAAUUAUUAUUAUAUAUUGCUCGUUAUUGUCUAUUAUUAUAUUCGAAAAAGACAGAUUAUCACUUUCUUCUUUCCUUUCUCUUUUAAUCUUCAGAAAAAAUAAUAUAAUAAAAUCAUAGAGCUUCGAAUAAUUUAUCCUCUCGGCGGUAAAGAGGAAAAAAAAAGGCGAAACAAUUUCGUGAACGAAAUUGUCAUGUCAAUCGAAAUCACUAAUUGGCCGUUGAUUGAAGAGACCGCCGCAUUCCACGUCGGGCGGCGGGACGCAAAUCAAUCCAUAUAGAGCGUGCGAUUAUGCGCAACGUACGCGCCGUGUCGCCGCGCGUAUUACGUAUGUGAAGGCACGCCGCCCUUUAACAACUUUCCCGCAUACAACUCGUAAUAAACGUCGAUCGUCCUCGAGGCUUUCAGACCGAGCAAUUAUAUUUGCCGACGAUCCCUGACGUAGGGACAACGCGUUCCGCGACGGCGGCGUCGACACGCGCGAGAAGCGGGAUGUCUCUGCGCGCGGCGCGACGUGCCGCUGUUACCAGUUCCGCGCUCUCGGAAACGUCGAAAACAAGUUGCGUACGGAGAGCGCGAGCCUCGUACAAUCUCUUGGUCUGAAACGGGUUAUCGGGCAGUUGCCUCUGGGAUCCUUAUCACCGCCGAACGACGGCAUUCACAAUGCCGUUUUCACGACGCCCGCCACGUGACACUGCGCAUCCGAUCCCGUUGAGAGUUGUGAACUCAAAAGCGGCGUUUCGGAGAAGUUUCUCAUAUACCUAUGUGCAUCUUUUUUAAUCCAUUCUUUUAGUCCGGACAAGAACACUUUGCGAUAUAAUGAUAUUUCGCACGACAGAAUCGCAAGUCUGAAUUCUCUUACGUGUCUGCCAUGUGAAGCGAACGGAUAGCUCAUUCACGCGAUGCACGCGGCGACCGUACGAUUUCUGAAAGCACGCAGAACACAGCUCACGGUGCUGCGCGUUUACGACACGCACACCUAAGGUUAAACUUUGCAUAAUCAUGGAAAGGAUACAUAAAAUAUAUGCGCGACGUUGGGGGCUCGUUGUGUGCGUUACGUUUCAUUUACGUUUCGCAUAGUGCACUUGAUCGAAUUUGAGGGGGGCGUGUUUGCAAUCUAUAAUAAGCGUGGACGCGCGUGCCAACGUCCACGUAUGCACACGCGUACGUCGUCGUAGAGAAUGGAAAACCUGAAACGGUAAAACUUAAACUUGAAACUUGACACUGAGCUAUCGGGGCCUUUCCAAUCACGGCGACGGAAGAAAAGGUGAUGGCAAAAGCGAGGGUCGGGACCGUGUCUCGAGUCAUUGCGUUGAGACUAGUUUACAGACCUAUAAUUUGCGCCGGAAUAAUUUUAUCUGGUUUUUUUUUUACGAAUUUGAAAAAUACGCCUUUAACGUACAAAAAAUACAUAAAACAUAAAGUAUAUAAAAUAGAGUUUUAUGUCUGAGAAGAAAUUGUCCAUAGUGAGGUUUACUUUGUUUCGUUAAAUAAACCAACAGCAAAAACUCUUAUCAUUGUGAAGUAACACCAUUUUAUUCAUAUUCUUCACUCGUGUAGUACGUACAAGGCAUUCUAUACUCAAAAAAUAAAAAAGAAAUGGAUAAAAAACAUUUUUGGUAUUUUCGUAUUUGGUAUAAAGUCACCUCUCUUUUUAUCAAUGUUAUGUUUCUCUGUCCCUGAUGGAAAUUUAUUAAAAGCAAGUAUAGCUUCCAUUGCGAAACGUGCAGCGAUGCAUUAUCGGAUCUAGUUAAAAUUCAGUAGAGUUCACGUAAUCAGCGAGCGAUAUCAGCAACGCAUAAAACAAGCAGGAUGCAGCGCGAUGUCAUUUGGAUUUUUGGUGACCUGCUUCAGAGUCACUCACAUCGGUUUAUAACGUAUUUACGUAUUUGAGAAUCUUAUACAGCGCCAAACUCGCGUCUUCGCUUCUUUCUUUUCACUCUGGUUUUUAUACUUGUUCUUUUUUAUACUUCACAAAACGACGCGGUUUACGAUUGCGGUUACGAUCUUAAUUUUCGUACGUUUCUUAAGGGUGUAAGCGUAUAAGGCAAUGUAACCGCGCUUGGCGAAUUUUCGAACAACGUGAACGCCGCGAUGAAUGACGAUUUACUGCCGAGGCGACGAUUUCGGCAUGCCGAAUUUUCGAUAUCGAAAGUUCCUACGAUUAUUGCAUCAUACCGGACGUCGCGCGUCAUUGCGACAAGACAGGCGUGAAUGAAGUAUUUGCCGCCUGCGUUUCAAUGGGUAUUUAAAAAACGCACUUGUACCCUACAAGUUAUUCAUUAUUACGAAUUAAUACAGGGUGUAAUAAUCGUAAACUUUAUAGCAAAGUUUCGUGUCUACUUAUUCAUUAACUUAUUUAACUUUACAGCCACUCACAUUUUUCCGAUAUUAAUACUAGUCUGAGUGAAAAUUCACGUAAUUAAUUUUUUUAUACUUUUAAGAAUUCUUUUAGAUUUCUUCUACUUUGCAAAGUGUUAGAAUAACUGAAUUAACAUUACUUAAUGUAAAAAAUCUUAUUAGACAUUGUUUUAGAUGAUUAACAUUUUAAUAACAAAAACUGUAUUAAAAUUGAAUUAGCACUUGGGUAAAAAUUUAUCCUUAAGAUUAUACAUUUGUCUACGUAAGUGCACCCUUUCAAAAAUAUUGUGCUCGUAAGUAAAGAAUUCCUCUAAGCUUUUCUUUUAAGCAAAAAAUCUUACAUGAAAUAUAUUCCUCUUUGAAAAUAUAUAAUUUACAAAAGAAUGCAUGCGUCAUCUGUAAUCCAAAAUAAAUUCCUCUAUAGAAAAUUCUACUAUAAUAAUUCAAAGCAAUAAGAAGCUAUGUUAGAUAUUCGCGACACAAGACGAUCGUUAUGUAUUUAUAUAUAUUAUUUUACGGCAGAUUCGCGCGCGUAACAAAUGAUUCUUCUAGGAUUAAGAAGACUGUAAUCUUCAAUUUAGUAUCUUGUGAGGAUAUUCCAUUAGAUUUUAAAAUAUCUUCUUGAGAUCGCAUAUCACAAAAAAUCCUCUAGAAUCAAGUAAAAACCGAUAAACAAUAGAACAUUCUUUUGGAAUGAGUAAACAGAAAAUUCAUUUCAUAUAAUUAUUUGUAAUUUAAUUUCUCCCGAUGCUAAUUUAUUAGCUUAUUCGUAUCAAUCAAUCAAAUGUUUCGAAAGAACGGAGAGAACUCUUCGACGAAAAGUUCGUGACCUACGUGAUCGCUCGCUUUUUUUAGCUGUAGCUUACUUUAUCAAUUAUUCCCGAAAAAAAAAUUCGUAUCACUCCGAUGGCGAUGUCGCGAUGUGGCAUAGUCGCUGGCGUUUAUCGGGCAAGUAACCGCAGAAAAUCCCGAGGAAACAUUCACAGGGAGGAGAGGGGAGUCCGAAGAGCGCGCGAAAAGAUAUUCCCACCAAUAUCUGCGUCAUCGGCGACGCCGACGACGGAGCACACUCGAUUCCUCCACUUCAAAACGGGCCAAUCUCGCAUCCCGUCGUUAUCAAAGCUGAGACAAACCGCGAAUCCACGGAGUACACCCGGUAUAACGUCGCGACGGUAACGGGCCCUCCGCUCGAGUCACUUCGCGCGCGGCUCUUUAGUGCACGCGUACGUACGCACAUAUGCACACGCGCGCGCGUGGUGUGUCUCGCCAUCGCGGUGUCUUGCCUUUUUCUCUUGCCAAUCUGGAUUCUUUUCACGCACACUGGUGACAGUGCAGACUUUGGGAGGACCAGAGAUAUUCGGACGGGACAAUGUCGACGACGGUAGAUAAAGUGGACGAACAGAUUUCCGACGCGAGCAAGUCGCAGCAAAAUGGUCACGAGCGCAAUAGAAGCGAGGAGCUACCGCUCGAGGACAUCAACGACAACAAUAACGACGAGACCAUUGAAGUGGAAAUGGUCGUACCACCUGAUGGAGGAUGGGGUUGGGUGAUUGUUGCAGCUUCCUUUAUGUGCAACCUCUUUGUCGACGGUAUCAUUUUCAGCUUUGGCGUGUUUCUCAAUGAUAUCGCGGACGCGUUUUCUGUAUCGAAAGCAAGUGUUGCGUUCGUUAAUUCGUUACAGAGUGGAUUUUAUCUCAUGGCUGGUCCCUUCGUAUCCGCUCUUGCCAAUCGAUAUGGCUUUAGAUUAGUGACUAUAUUAGGAAGCGUGAUAAGCUGUGUCGCCUUCGUCCUCGCGUACUUCAGCACUUCCAUCGAAUUUCUUUACAUUUCUUAUGGCGCCAUCGGUGGCAUCGGAGCUGGUCUAAUAUACGUACCGGCCGUAAUAACUACCAGUUUUUACUUCGAAAAAUGGCGAGCCUUGGCUACAGGUAUUGCAGUAUGUGGUUCCGGUAUCGGUGCAUUUUUACUCGCACCAUUGUCGAACAUACUCGUGAAAACUUUCGGCUGGAGAGGAGCCUUGCUAUGUCAAGCAGGCAUGCUGUUACAUUGUGCCGUAUUUGGCGCAAUGUUCCGUCCUUUGAAACCAACGAGGAUUAAAGUAAAGAACACCCCGGAAAACGCCGCGCUCGAGGUGAAAACCACGUUAAUGGAAAAAGGUGUAUCAACGACUUCGUUGCACUGUGUGCAACCAAAUAGAAGUGGUUUCUUCGGUACGAAUAAUAAUACGGAAUACCCGACGGCAGCGGAACUUCUCGGUAGCAGCCCUAACAUAGUAAACACAUCCAAAUCCCUGCACUCGUUGCACAAGGUGGAGACUGAAACCUUGGAGAAAAAAGUGAGCACCUCAGAGAAACGAUUAUCCGUGCCGAUAUAUCCCAUUGAUGAUCCUGAUUUAGAUGCUAUGACUAACGAGGAGAAAAUCGCCGAGGAGAACAAUCUGCUCAGUGGUGAUUUGGAGCGAUUGAAUGGAAAAGUACCAACGAUUCGCCGACAUACGAUUAGCGGCCGACGUUUCCGAACGGAUUCGGAAUGCAGCCAAAAGUCUUUUCGAAUGGGCAAACGUAAUUCGAAAGAUCCGCAGAGACCGUUCUAUAGAGACGACAUCUUUUAUGGCGGCUCUUUGAAUAGACUUCCUCAUUACAGGUCUCAACAAUCGUCAGUCGGUUAUCACAUGUCAGUGACGCGAUUGCCAACGGCAAAGGAUGUGGCGGAGGAAGAAAGCGGGAGUUUCUACCUGUGUCCGGAAAGUGUACGACGAAUUUUAACCACAAUGUUAGAUUUGAGCCUUCUAAAAAGUCCGUCCUUUUUAAUAUUAGCGAUCUCUGGUGGGCUCACCAUGAUGGGCUUUUAUACGCCCUUCUUGUAUGUAACAGAUCGAGCAAUAAAGGCUAACAUCGAUCCUUCGACAGCGAUGUUCCUCGUUUCGGUAAUCGGUAUCGGUAAUACCAUCGGCCGUAUCGUUUGCGGCUUAGUAACAAGCAGUUUGCCCGGAGUUAACGCCCUCGUCGUGAACAAUAUAUUUAUCAGCGUCGGUGGUUUAGUAACUAUUUUCUCCGGUCUUUCUCUAAGCGAGGGAUAUCAAUUCUUUUAUGCAGCUAGCUUUGGUCUCAGUAUAUCCGUCUUCGCCUCCCUAAGGUCGAUCCUCGUUGUGGAUCUGUUAGGGUUAGAGAAACUAACAAACGCUUUUGGGUUGCUUCUUCUGUUCCAAGGUGUGGCGGCGACUGUGGGCGCGCCUCUGGCAGGUGCGUUCAUGGAUGCGACCGGGAGCUACGACGCCUCAUUCUACUUGUCCGGCAGCCUUAUGCUUUUGUCGGCUGUGAUCUGUUAUCCGAUAAAGAGGAUCAACAUGUGGGAGAGGCGCAACGAGAAGAAAUCGGACGCGAUAGAACCUUCCGCAUCCUGA